GGUGUUUUCCGAUUCAACAGCCGGGUUUCCGAUAUAACUCUGUAAAUACCCCAACCCUCCGCUCUUCCCUCUUCUUCUUCCUCUCUCUCCGUCUCUCAUGCGGUCUCUGGUUUUCAAUCAAAGGCUUUGGUAUUCUGAUCCUCCAAUAGCAUUUUUCCUCAUUUCGCUGAAGAAGGUUGCUUUGGUUUUGGAUUCGUGAAUCAGGACAAACAUUGGGGAGGACACUUUUAUGUGGGCGGAGAAAGAAAGACUCUACCCCUUAUGUGUCUCGCUUCCCACAAAAAUAAGUUUGGUUCGGUUGCUUUUAUUGGUGAAUGGGUUUCUGCUCCAACUUGGCACCUUUGCCUUGGGCCUCCAUCCCCUCCCAUGUUGAAAUCACUCUCCAGAUCUAAUUUGUCACUUCAAGGGGAUUGAGAGAUCUCUUUGAUACGGAUCAUUUCAAUAGAGAUCUUGGGCUUUUGUCAGCUGGAGUUGAGGAGAUACGUCCUUUUUCUUGAUAAAAAUGGGGAUAUCUUUUUCAUAUCCAUUCGAUGAUCUUGAUGAGUUAGAUGAUUUUGAUGAGGACUUUGAAGCGCUCAUUAGGAGAUCUCUCAGUUUUAAGGGCGAAGAUGUGCAGACAAAAUGGCAAUCACUCAGUUUCAAUGGCCGAGAUUCCAAGGCCGCCGUACUGAAAUCAUUCGGAUCUGGAAAAAUGUUCAUUGAAAGAUCUAUGAGUUAUAAAAGAAGGGAAUUGGAACCCUUCCAUUUGGAAACUAUGAUUUCUUUGUCUCCUUCGCCCAAAGAAACUGCAUUAAGAUCAUCUACCUUCAAGAGCAGAGAGACCAGUGAUGUGUGUCCAUCUCCGGCGUCGAGCUUCUUAUGUGAGAGGAGUCCCAGCUCGUCUGUAUUGGGAUCGAGUGGGCCCCGACAUGAAGCUGCACUGAAGUUGCAGAAAGUGUACAAGAGCUUCCAAACAAGGCGGAGACUUGCGGAUUGUGCAGUUCUCGUGGAGCAGCAUUGGUGGAAGUUGUUAGAUUUUGCAUUACUUAAACGGAGUUCGGUAUCAUUUUUCGACAUUGAGAAACAGGAGACGGCUGUUUCCCGCUGGUCGAGGGCAAGAACUCGGGCUGCUAUGGUGGGGAGAGGUUUAUCAAAGGAUAAGAAAGCACGGAAACUUGCUUUACAACAUUGGCUUGAGGCGAUUGAUCCACGCCAUCGAUAUGGGCAUAAUCUCCACUUCUAUUAUGUUAGUUGGUUGCAAUGUGAGAGUAAGCAGCCAUUCUUCUAUUGGCUAGAUGUGGGAGACGGGAGGGAUGUCAAUCUCGAACAGUGUCCUCGAUCAGCGCUUCAACAUCAAUGCAUCAAAUAUCUUGGCCCAAAAGAAAGGGAAACCUAUGAAGUUAUUGUGGAGGACGGUAUAUUCCGCUACAAGCAUAACGGGCAGCUUCUCAACACAUCUAAAGGAACCACAAAUUCUAAAUGGAUCUUUGUUCUCAGCACAUUGAAGACCUUGUAUGUUGGGCAGAAGAAGAAAGGCAUGUUUCAACAUUCAAGCUUUUUGGCUGGAGGAGCGACAUCUGCAGCUGGAAGAUUAGUUGUGGAAGAGGGAAUCCUGAAGGCUGUUUGGCCCCACAGUGGUCAUUAUCGCCCAACCAAAGAAAACUUUCAAGAAUUUGUUAACUUUCUCAAAGAAAAAAAUGUGGACCUCACCAAUGUCCAGGAUAGUCCGACAGAUGACGACGAUGGUAAUGGGCACCAUUCAGAACUUACGAAGGACCCGUCUUUAGCAAACUUAGGCGAACAGAUAACUGAUAUCUCAACAGAUAACACGAACACAAAACAUGUUCCUGAGCAUAAGCACUCUCAUACUACUCGGUGGAGACCUAGUAAGAUUGCCAUACCAAAUAACACAGUUACAUUUGAAAGGCCAAGGCCAAAGAGUGACGGUGGCGAAGAUCAAGCAAUGGGAGAUUUCUCAUUUCAAACUCAACCAGGAAGAAAUGAAACAACACCAACAAAAGGAUUGUCUGUUCCCGAGCAAAGUUAUAUGUUCCAGAAGCACAAUCUCUAUGAGGAUGAGGAGGACGAUGAGGAAGAAACUGUACCACCCGAAAAGAUACUACUCAGGAUCACCUCAAGGAAGGGAACAAAGUCAUAUCAGUUAGGAGAGCAACUUUCUUUCAAGUGGACAACAGGGGUUGGACCCCGGAUCGGGUGUGUGAGAGACUAUCCGUCAGAGCUCCAGUUUCGCGCUUUAGACGAAGUGCAUUUGUCCCCAAGAGAGCAUGGGAGUUGUAGGCCUUCCCCUCGAAAUUUUGCAUACAGGAGUCCAAGGCCAUCACCGAGAUCUAAUAUGAUGUGCACAAGUCCAAAGCCGCCGGCACUAUCUUUAUUAAAAGAAAGCAAAGAAAACAGCUGCAUCAGCAAUGACAACAGUCAUGGCAACCAAUGCUAGAUUAAAGGUACCCUUCCUUGAUUCAUUUAUUCUUGUGUGAUUGGGAAAAAUAUAGAAAUUCAUUCAUUUGCAUUCUUUUUGGUAGAUCUUGUAGUGAAUAUGAGGACGGUCUCUGUAAAAUUUUCAUGGGUCCGACAGCCCCUUAAUAUAAAAUUCAUUUUCAUUA